ACCCGUCAUGGCCACCAUGCGCCUCUUGCACAGAGGUCCGGUUGCCGCGGCCUGGAUCUACCAAAGAGCCUCGAGGAGUACGUCCUCCGAGUUGGGCGCACUGGAGAAGCCUCGGACGGUGAAGGACCUCCCCCAAGUCGGCGUCUUGGAGCUGCUCUACCGGAUGGUCUUCCAGGGCUUCUACAGCCGGGGGCAUGAGCUUCAGCUGUACGAAAAGCAGCUCUACGGGCCCAUAUACCGAGACGGCUUGAAGACCGUGUCCCUGAACAGUGUGGCGCUGCUGGAGCAAGUCUUGAGAAGAGAUGACAAGUUCCCUUGCAGGGGAGACAUGUCGUUUUGGAAGGAUUAUCGUGACAUGAAAGGAUUGGGCUAUGGACCUUUUACAGUAGAGGGCGAGAGCUGGUACAAGCUGAGGGUGGCCUUGAACAAGCGAAUGAUGCACCCCAAAGAUUCGGCUCGAUAUUGCAGGAUUCUCAAUGCCGUGGUUGACGACUUCAUGGUCAGGCUGCGCGAUGUGCGCCGCUGCAGCCCCACGGGCGAUAUGGUGAUGAAUUUGGCCAAUGAGUUCCAUCGGUUUUCACUCGAAGGUAUCGGCACAAUAUUGUUUGAAACCAGAUUGGGCGCUCUGGAAAAGGACAUUCCUGCAGAGACACAGCAGUUUAUCGACGCCAUCGCCAAAAUGUUUUCCAACAGCCUGGCUGUGGUGAUUCUGCCCAAGUGGAGCCGGAAUCUGCUUCCCUACUGGGGACGCUUCAUCGACGGAUGGGAGGGCAUCUUCAGCUUUGCAAAACCAUUGAUCGACAAGAAGCUGGACGACAUUCGGCAGCGCGUUGACCGCAACCAGGAUGUGGAGGGAGAGUACCUGACGUACUUGCUGUCAAACACCGAAAUGGACAUCAAAGACGUUUACGGGAGCAUAGCCGAGCUUCUCUUAGCCGGAGUGGACACGACUUCCAACACUCUGACAUGGACUUUGCACCUGCUGUCCCGAUACCCCCAAAUCCAAGAAAAGCUUCAUAAAGAAGUAUCUGAGUUGAAAACAGCAGAUGGAACCCCGUCUGCAGAGGACUUUGCCCGCUUGCCGUAUUUAAGAGCCGUCAUCAAGGAAGCUCUGAGGAUGUACCCAGUUGUUCCUUUGAAUGCAAGAGUCAUGACGGAAAAAAGUCUGGAUCUUGAUGGCUAUCACUUUCCCCCAAAUACAGUUUUCACGUUUUGCCACUACGCCAUCAGUCACGACGAGGAAAACUUUCCGGAGCCGUUCACCUUCAAGCCAGACAGAUGGCUCCGCGACGGCCGAGAAAGGCCCAACGCCUUCAGCUCCAUCCCGUUUGGCUUUGGCGUGAGAGGCUGCGUCGGUCGCAGGAUUGCAGAGCUGGAGAUGCAUCUGCUUGUAUUUCAAAUCAUCAGGACGUUUGAAAUGAAACCAGACCCCGGGAUGGGCGACGUGAAAUGUAUCAACCGCACCGUUCUCAUUCCAGACCGACCCAUCAGUCUCUAUUUUGUGGACAGAUGCGAAAAGCCAGCCUAGAAAUCGGCUCGUAAAAGACACUCGUUGCAGGGGAAGGUCAGGUCGAGCGCUGCCGCCACGAAGAAGAUCGGAAAACCGCCAGCCAACAGCUGAGGAUGGCUAACACAAGGCAAGAAUGGAAACGCUGCCACCGGAUAGUCGCAAAGCACUGAACAGCGAUGAUCAUCAAGCAUCAUUUUCAUUCGUCUGGCAUGUACACAAUUGCAGUCCAAAUAAAUGACUGCACUCAAUGCAAAGCAAAGCAAAGCAAAGCAAAGCAACCACCAUCUCAUGAGGCUCAUGAGCCAGCUUGAUGCCAAACUGGAUCCAGUCUUGGUCACUCAUCCUCUACGACUCCCUCAUUACUACUUACAAAAGCAUAUUCGUACAUGUAUGUGUAAUGUGUACAAUAUAAGUCACAAGUCAAACUAA